GCGCUACUUAUCAACACGCGAUUUCACUUUAAUCGGCCUGGCUCCCAGUACUCUCGCUCUCUCUCUCUCUCUCUCUCACACACACACACACAAGCCUAGAGCAGGCGGGAGAGAGUGUGGGAGAGCGAUGGAUGUGAAAGAAGCGGGAACAUCGCUUGAUUCUCUGGUUUCCUCAUUCAACACUCGUAUUGCCGAGCUUCAGCAGCUCGUCAUUGCUCGCAACAUGUAUCCGGCCAGCAGCAUCAGCGAUUUAUCGGCGAUAGAUGCUGCGUUAAAGGGCAUGGAGCUUCAGGUCCAAAAUAUAAAGAAUAGAUUGCGUGAUGAAACUCGAGCUAUCCCUAAGGCCAAAAAAUUAAUUGAGGCAGCACUGCAGCAACAAAAGAAAUUGGAGACUAUUUCUGCUUGCAUUCCAUCGUGCAUACCUGAAAGGCUUAUUCAUUUGAAUCAGGAUGCUAACAAAUGUUUCAAUGUGCAAAGGGAAGAGCAUAAGCAAGAACCAGGAUUUGAUUCUUCAAAGCCUGAGGAGCCUGCAGGCCCUGCACCUAGAGAGAAGAAGGGUCGAGCCCCUCCUCCAAUGUGGUAUGUCACUGGGGACGAGCUGAAUUCUGUGCCCUCGUACAUGAAACAAAGACUCACAUUGGAUAAGGUGAAUGCUGCAAUAGGUGACAUGGCAGCAUAUGCUGAAGCAAAUGCGCAGCUUAUCGCAGCACCAAGAAAAAAGCUGGCAGAGACUAACUUGGACAAGGCUCUGGAAUUAAGAGAGAUUGCAACGACAGAUGGAGUGAAGGGGAAACACUUUUUUCUAGAAACAGAUAUUAAAGGGCCUUCUCUUAAACUCGACAACACGGGAAGAGCACUACUAACGGUCCUUCGGCAUCUGGGUCGGAUAAGUGAGACUCGAAUUGGGCAUCACCGUGUCAUCAUCCUAUUGAGGCCUUAGCAAAAGAUUUAUCUCAAAAUGGCCAUUAUGACUUAUCUUGCUGUAGAAUACAUCUCCAAAGAACAAUUAUGUUAAGCAUCAUCUUAGAUUGCCGCAAGUGAUGUACAUUCAUUCAUGGAAUGACUCAGAUAUGUCUGCCUUUUGAUC